CACACUAGGAAAGACGCCAGGAUGCAGGUUGUAACCUGACUCUUCUCCACUCUUCGUCCACGAUGACAAGCCCGCUACGACGUUCUGCCGCAGAGAGCCCGUCGAGAAGCAGCAUCCAGCCCAAUUACGGAGCCAGCAGUUCCAGACAUGACGAAGAAACUGCUCGAGGAAGAAGCAAGCCAAGCGGUCUACAACGAGAGCUUUCUGCUCGACAAGUCCAGAUGAUCGCCAUCGCCGGGACAAUUGGCACUGGACUAUUCCUUGGGACAGGAAAGUCGCUCGCCCAAGGUGGUCCAGCGAGCAUGCUGAUAUGCUACAGUAUAAUCGGAUUCAUCGUCUACGUCACCCUCCUCUUACUAGGGGAGAUGGCGACUCAAUACCCCGUCGCUGGGUCGUUCAACGCCUAUACAACGCGCUUCUUCUCCCCAGCAUACGGCUUUGCACUAGGUUGGAACUACUGGUUCAAUGACGCGGUCUCUGUCGCCUCCGACUUGACCGCGGCCCAGCUGGUAAUACAGUUUUGGGCUACAUCCAAUGCGUGGGUGGUUAGCGUCGUAUUUUGGGUGUUCCUGGUUGGAGUAAACGCGAUUCAUGUGCGCGCAUAUGGGGAAUUAGAGUAUUGGCUAUCCUCGUUGAAAGUCAUCACCGUCAUCCUUUUCAUUAUAGUGGGCACUCUUGUCAACAUGGGAUUCAAUACCGAAUCCAGGGUUAUAGGUUUUGAGAAUUGGAGAAUCCCUGGUGCACCCUUUGUAGGCGGCUUUGGUGGGUUCGCCCAUGUCUUUGUGACAGCUAGUUAUGCCUUCGGAGGGACAGAGAGCCUAGGAAUUACUGCUGGGGAGACACGAAACCCUACCAAGAACAUGCCCAGAGUCGUGAAGCUUGUUUUUUGGAGGAUAUUGACGUUCUACUUGCUUACAAUACUGUUAAUUGGCCUUAACGGUGAGAGUUGCGUUGAAUGGGCUCAAGUUCUGAACAUUGUCGGAGUAUCCAAUCAGAUCGCUUGGUUGUCCAUUGGACUGUCGAGUUGGCGAUUCCGAAAGGCCUGGCUGAAGCAGGGAAGGGCGCCGGAGCAGCUCAAGUUCCGCGCUUCGUGGACGUGGCCCUGGGGUCCUCCGUUUGUAGUUGUUGGGGUGACCGUCCUGAUCAUCGUGCAAGGGUGGUCGUCCUUCGUCCCCAAGUUCUCCCCUGUGGAUUUCAUCUCGUUCUAUAUCGAGGUUCCCAUAAUGCUCCUCAUGACAGUUGCAUAUCUCAUUAGAUCUCGUUCAUUCUCACCCUCGUUAGGCGUUGCUGGAGAACAGGAGUCGGAACCCCUCCUUUCGAGACCCUGCGAGAGGGCGGUGCAACGGGAUGGUUUCGCCGAUCUGGUGGAUGUAUCUACGGUGGAUCUGUACGCUGACGAGCACACGGAAGAGGAGGAAGACGAAUCUACUGAGGACAAGGCUAGCGGGGUCCUCCAGAGGAUAUAUUAUUGGCUGGUAUAG